UCAAACUCUCACAAACGAAACACACUACAAAUCUCAGAAGUAUUCAAUAUAUCGAUAACAGGCAACUGUAAUAUACUAUAUGAAGUUAUACCACAAAUAAAAUCUGAACCCAAUGAUGCUGGCUCCGUUUGUUCCAACGACGAAUCUGACUACAAACCCGACAAGGUGGAACUUGAAGAGUGUGAUGAAGACAAAGUUGAAUUGUUCCGGAAGGUUAAGUUAAAACCAGCGGAUAUUGAAGCUGAAAGGAGAAGGAUUAUGAACAGUGAUGAUUAUGUGUAUGCUAUGUUUAAAUGUGAUAAAUGUAUUGUUCCGUUUUCAAGUAAAGAUGAUCUGGAUGAGCAUUUUAAACUUAAACAUAAAAUUGUGAGUAUAACAUGUUGUCUUUCAUACAUCACUUCAUUGUGUAUUCCGCCACAUUUAUCACUGAGAGAUUCCAAAUACAAUUGUGUUAUAUGCGAACGCGGGUUUAGUAGGGACUUAGCAUACAGAUAUCAUAUGAAUCGACACAGACUGCGGUUCCAGUGUGUUAUGUGUGAAGUCCUGUUGGGAACCAAGAGGGAAGUGAUGUUGCAUUCCAGAGAACAUGGUAACAAGUUGACCGAGUCACCCAUGUUCCCCUGCCCCAAGUGCAGCAAGCUGUUCAGGUGGAAGACCUCGCUGCGGAAACACCUGGAGCAGCAUCAGAUCGAAGAUGGUGAGAGACGGAAGCCCUACUGCGAGGCUUGUGGAUUGUACUUCACGUCGGCGAGAAGCCUCAAGAAACACCAGGACAGUUCAAAACAUAAGAUACAACUAAACACAGACAGUGAUGACAUAAAAAUGAUAAGCACGGUCGUGAAUGAGACUCAGAAGACAUACCCGUGCACCCUGUGUGACAAGAAAUUCCAGUGGAAAGGAAACCUGGUGAGGCACGUGCAAAGCCACAAGGCAAAAUUGAACGGUGACCUGGUGUGCGCACCAUGUAACAGGACUUUCUCGUCCAUAGCGACGUACCAGCAACAUAUGAAGAGCAGUCUCAAGCAUGUCUCUCAGAAUGAUCUGAAGUUUGUGUGCACCGACUGCGGCAAGCGAUUCGCCAGUAACAGUAAACUGCGCGAUCAUUCGGACUAUGAACAUCGCAAGAUAUACUCAAACACGUGUACCGUUUGUGACAAGGUGUUCAAGUGUCGUGCAUCUCUAUUCCUUCACAAACAAGUGGUGCACCAGAAGAAGGAGUUCCUUUGUGACCACUGCGGGAAAUAUUUCCCUAACAAAACGAAACUGGGUCAUCACAUAAGGGCGACACACACGCGCGACGGUUCGUACGUGUGCGGCACCUGCGAUGCCAAGUUCGCGUGGGCCUCCUGUCUGUCGAGACAUAAGAGGACACAGAAACAUGCGUGAACAAUACUGUUAAAGCGAACCCCCAGCUUAUACGUAUUCGAGUAUAAAAGCCCAUCCGCUAGUUUCCCAGAGGUUAGGUUAGAUUAUAGAUAAUAGAUAGAGCCUCUUACUGCUAGACAACCGAUGAAAACAGGCCAGGCUUAUUACUUAAGUAUGCGUCAUUUGUAUAUCACUUCAUGUUAGUUUGCGUGCAUUACUCAAAAUAGAGGUUACUUGUCAACCUUAUUUAAUUUGACGUGGUCACAGCUGUCACAUGUCACAUUGUCUAUCAAGACGUAAAAAUGAUCUAUGUUUAGAUCAUAGAAAUCUAAAUUAGUAAGUUAUAGAAUUGUUAUUAGUGCCAAUCACUUACUAAACGAUUCACGCCUAUAAACAGUAUGGAUUGCAUAUGUAUGAAAUAAAUGAAAAUACAAGUCAUACUGGUCCACAGAAGUAUCGUAAAUUUGAUUAUUAAAUGAAUAUCCCUAAAUUAUAAAGGAAAAUUUUCAAAGAAAAUAAAUAUCAAAAUUGAAUUGAAAAAUAGAAAACAGUCUGUUUAGACUACGUACUUUGACCCCGAGGUGCGACAACGUAGCUCACGCCGCCGCAUUGGCUGUUACUUCUCUUCACGUAAACAAGCUCUUAACAGUGAGAAAAAAAUGAAAAUUGAUUGAGACAUUUCACUUGAACUUUUAGAAAGUUAAAUUAAUAAAUACAGUGAAUCACUUGAAACAAUCGCGGGCUACGUAAGUAAUCACGGACACUCCAGACAUCGGGCACAAGCUCGCGUUAAACUGAAUUGACAAAUAAUAAAAUAAAAUGACGAAUAGAAAUAAAGGCCUUAAUACUUAAUAUCCAACAAUUCUAGUUUAUCGAUAUUUUAUUUACAAUUACAUACCAAUAACCUAAACAUGGCAUUAAACACUAAUAUUUUUAUGUUCGAAUAUUUUAAUAUUUUUAAAAAUUAAUGAAUGGAUAAGCUUUGUAAAAAAGAGUUUAUUAUUGUAAGUUCAAUAAUUACGAAAUCACUGUUUUCUGAGUGAUUUCCUGAGUACUGCGAACAAGUGAGUUGGUAUCUACGAUUUUUGAUAGUUUGAUUUCAAAUUACAUACAAGUAAUAAAAUGUUAUUGUUUAAUUCUUCCUUAUUCACACUCAUUAUGUCUGAACUACUUCAAAUUUAAAAAACAAACUUACGAAACUGUUUAGUAUUAAAUAAUUUGGGUGUAGUAAUUUUACAAUAAACAUUA